AUGCGACAAACACGACUGGACAAUUCAGAGCAAAGAGGCAAGUUCUGGGACAAGCCUAAGGUGGCGGACGUCACGCCCUCGCGGACCGGACAGCACAGGAGGUGGUGGGAGGUGCAGACCGCCUGGGCCGCAGCCAGCUUCCCGGGCCGGAAGUGCCUCGCGUCGCUACGGCUACAGCUGACCAGCGGGGCAGAGGAGCUGCAAAGCCAAGCCCAGUUCCGGGGCGUGAGCAGCUUCGCAGCCGUCCGCCAGGUGCGCGGGCCCGCCGCGACCUCAGACUCGGGAAGCGCGGAGCGGAGCUCGCUCUCGUCCUCUGGGUAUCUGAGGUCACAGCAAACCAGAACUCCAGAAUACCAACAAACAGGUGAAUUGUAUCCCACUUGUGGGUCUGGAGAGAGUGAAGAAGACAUUACAGUCCAGAAAGAGACGAUGGCUAUUGACUGCAUGUCUUUUCCUGAAGAGAAAUUAGCUCAGUCCAAGAAGAAAGUAGCUCAACUGAUUAAGGAAAAAAUGAAUACCCAAGCAAACAGGGAGCUGAUGCGAUGUGUCAUCCUCUCUCAGAUUAUUUUUGGACAGGAAUACUGGAGAUACUCACAGGCUUUGACCAACCUGGCUUAUGGCUACCUGACACUCAGAGACCUCCCAGCCUAAGCCAAGAAACAUGCUGAAUCUGCCAAGAGCACACUCUUGACCUGGAAGGGAAAAACAGUCAAGGAGAAAAAGGAAAUCCUAGAAGCUCUGGUCAUGUUCUACUAUACUUUGGGGGUGGCCUGGCUGCUACAGAACCAUGGCAGAGAGGCCUAUUUGAACCUGCAGAAGGCAGACAGAAACAUAAAUGAGCUGAAAGAAUUGAACAAGGAAGAUGUUUGUGGAUUACAGAUCUCAGAGAAAGACCUUACAAUUGCAUUGGGCAGAGCCUCCCUGGCUAUCCACAGGUUGAACCUAGCUCUGGCAUAUUUUGAAAAGGCAGUUGGCAUUGUUAUUGCUGCCAAGGGUGAUGGCACAUCAGAUCUGAUCAAACUGUAUAAGGAGAUUGCUUAAAUAGAGCAGUUGAGGAGGAACCACAAGCAGGCCAUCCAGUACUUGAAACAGGCUUACUCUAUAUGUGUUUCUUCCUUCACUGAAAUCAGCCCCCAAACUGCAGAGGCAGGCACAUUAUUAGCCACUUAUGCCAUGUCUGGAGAGCCCCAGCACAAGGAUGCUGUUGAGGUAUAUUUUGUAAAAAGUAUCAAUGCAUUUCAAGCAACACUGGGCACAAAGAAUUGUGCAACAUUGACCACCAUUGAAGAAUUUUGCAAAUGGCUUGCCCAAAUUGGAAAAAAAACAGGUAAAUAUGAGGCUUACAGAUGGAAAAAGGCUUCCCUGAAGUCCCAGGUCAUCAGCUAUGGUGACUGUAGUGAAAAAGUAGCUGAAACUUUUUAUAACACGGGCAGGAUCUGCUUUGCCAAAGGAGAAUUCAGAAAGGCAAUUCACCUGCUAAGGAAGUGCCUGAUGAUUCAAAUACUUAUAUAUGGAAGUGAUCAUAGUAAAAGCAGAGAGACAAAAAGCCUUCUUACCCUAAUACAGAGGGCAAGUAAGAGUGCAUCAAGAUGGAGCAGAGAAGCCAUUCCAGGAAGAAGGAACUCCGCUUGCAAAGGCACAGAGGCAUGACAGAGGGGCACAUGUGGAAGGAAUGGUCUUCUGCUAUGAGUAAAGAGAAAACUUUAUACAAAGUAGUUGACAAUAAAGGCAACAUCAUUGGCAAUAAAAAUUAUAGACUACGAAAUACAUUAAUGUGGGCAGCAGUGACAGAGCAAAAGCAGAAGAGUACUAAGGACUCUAGAGGGAAAGUCCAUGUAGCAGCCCCAUUCCAGGUAAAAAACAAAUAAGUACUAGAUACCAGGGUCUCCACCCAGAAAUUGGGGGGAGGGGUGCAUAUAUUU